CAGUAAUGAUUAGUUUAGUACGUGACAUUGAACACUAAUGAUUAGUUUAGUACGUGACAUUGAACAGUAAUGAUUAGUUUAGUACGUGACAUUGAACACUAAUGAUUAGUUUAGUAUGUGACAUUGAACAGUAAUGAUUAGUUUAGUAUGUGACAUUGAACACUACUGAUUAGUUUAGUACGUGACAUUGAACAGUAAUGAUUAGUUUAGGCUGCUGAUAUUUUCUUCAUCCACCACAUGCCUUUGUCUUUGACUAUUUUUAUUUGUUUUGUCGUUAUAAAAAGUUAUCUGCAAAUCUGCUUUUGUGUUUUCAUAGUUGUAACAAAGGUACUCCAUGAAUAAAAUAGAUUUGACACUUUUACACAUACAAUUCUGUGAUAUUUUAGCUUUUUAUUUUUGUUAACAUAAGCUAAUGAAAAAGUUCAAAUAUUUACAUUUGGUUUUCUAAUGUUACCUAACACCUUCGUAAACACAACCAAAUGACAUUGACACGGAGGGGGGGGGUCCAGUGAGGCAUUUGUAGUUAAAUGGAUUCAUUAGACUGGUGGCUGUUGGUGCUCCUCCAGACCCGGCUAUUAACCCAUAGGGUUGUUUUUACUGUCAGUAAUGACAUUGACACGGAGGGGGGUCCAGUGAGGCAUUUGUAGUUAAAUGGAUUCAUUAGACUGGUGGCUGUUGGUGCUCCUCCAGACCCGGCUAUUAACCCAUAGGGUUGUUUUUACUGUCAGUAAUGACAUUGACACGGAGGGGGGGUCCAGUGAGGCAUUUGUAGUUAAAUGGAUUCAUUAGACUGGUGGCUGUUGGUGCUCCUCCAUACCCGGCUAUUAACCCAUAGGGUUGUUUUUACUGUCAGGGAGCUUUGAGGGUGAAAUGCUCAGAACGUCUUUGUCUUUGAUGAUAUUUGUCUGAACGUACUGCUAGAGUGUAAAAUACACAUUUAACAUGUCUUAUUAAUAUGCUUUAUAUGCUUUAGAAUGACACUUCCAGUUUUGGCGGGAAAGACUGGGUUACCUGGGAGAAAAUGUCUAUUUUCAGUAUGGAACAUUUGUAAAAUACAGGGAAAAUAUUCAACCCUAGUUCUGGAGUUCCAAGAUGAUCUUUGUAAGAAAAGCAGUUUCGUUGGUGGACUAGAUUGUCUAUCAGCUGAAAACUCUUGAACAAAUGACAAUAAAAAACGGAUCAAAUACAGUUGCAACAUCUAGCCAUGUAUUCACGUUGUAAACAUUAGACCUGGUAAAUGUGUAAGAAAUGAAAGCUAAACGUACCGUUAUAAUACAACCUGUCUGUAAUGGGGUUUACUCUGUGCUGACAGACUCACUGACUGUAACCUCACAGACACAUCCUGUGAAGUGUUGGUCCCAGCUCUCAGUUCAAACACCUCACAUCUGAGAGAGAUGGAUCUGAGUAACAAUGACCUGAAGGAUUUAGGAGUGAAGCUGCUCUCUGCUGGACUGGGGAAUCCCCACUGUAAACUGGAGACUCUGAGCUUGUCGCUCUGUGGAGUCGAAGAGGAAGGCUGUGCAUCUCUGGUCUCAGCUCUGAGGUCAAACCCCUCACACCUGAAAGAGCUGGACCUGAGUAACAAUCGCUCAGGAGACACAGGAGUCAGACUGCUCUCUGCUGGACUGGAGGAUCCACACUGCAGACUGGAGAAACUCAAUGUGGAACCUGGUGGAGUGUACACAAUCAAUCCUUGGCCUAGAAAAUAUGCCUGUGAUCUCACACUGGACCCAAACACAGUAAACAUAAAGCUCUCUCUGUCUGAGGACAACAGAAAGGUGGCACGUAGCGAAGAGGCUCAGCCGUAUCCUGAUCACCCAGAGAGAUUUGUGGACUGUGAACAGGUGCUGUGUAGAGAGGGUCUGACUGGGCUCUGUUACUGGGAGGCAGAGAGGAGUGGGAUAGGGGCUGAUGUAGGAGUGACAUAUAAAGGAAUCAGCAGGAGAGAAGGGGGGGAUGAGGACUGUGUGAUUGGACAGAAUGACAAGUCCUGGAGUCUGAGCUGCUUUAACAACCGUUACACUGCCUGGCACAAUGAUAAUUACACUGACAUAGACGUCCCGUCCUCCAGCUCCCACAGACUAGGGGUGUAUCUGGACUGGCCAGCCGGCACUCUGUCCUUCUACAGAGUCUCCUCUGACACACUGACCCACCUGUACACAUUCCACACCACAUUCACUGAGCCCCUCUAUCCAGGGUUUCAGCUUUGGGAUGACUCCUCUUCAAUGUCCCUGUGUCAGGUGGUCCCUGUGCCAAACACAUGAUGUUUGACUCUAAUCCUGGUUAUAUUCAGUAAGACACACUGGAACAAAUAUUGAUAUGAACUCUCUAGUCAUGAGUUAACAGAUGAUUAUUAUAUCUAAAUAUUCAUGAUUAUACACCACUGAAGUUGAUAGACAUUGUAAAAUAACAAUGAAUAGAAUGUAUCACCACUGUUGUUAAAACGUCUCAUUUAGACAUCAUUGAUCGUGCUGUUAUUGCUUUUUCAUGUUUGUAAAUAUUCCUGUCUGUAAAAUGGUUGACUAAACAAUCCUGCUUCUGUAUAAACAUAAAUUCCACUGAAUGAUAUGUACAGGUCACAGAUUUGACUAAUAAAGGUUAAUCAACCAG